AUGACCGCCUUGCCGUUGUUGUCCACGAUCAAUGAAGAUGACGGAUCUUCUAGUUCUCCUAUCGCUGUCACUCUCUCGCUUCUCCUCGAACCAUCGUCUGCCCUCCUUGACCGCGUCGUCCCGGAAAUCCGCAAACUGUUGCCUUAUAGGGCACCGUUCGCCUCGUAUGCGGAACUGAUAGAUGUGACCUUCCAAGUCAUCCCUGCGUUGGAUGUGAAGGAGAAGGCGGAAUUCAUCGCGGGUCAUCCUCGCAUUGGGGAAACCCGGAAUCUCUCUAAUCUCAGCGCCAAGGAGCAAGGGGCAACGCAGACGAUCAACUCGACCCCUCCAGAAGUGUUGGCUCGUCUGGGCCACCUUAACGCCUGCUACGAGAAGAAGUAUCCAGGCCUGCGGUACAUCACAUUUGUGAAUGGGCGGUCGCGUGCUGCAAUUGUGGAGGAAAUGGAGGACAAGUUGGGGUUCGAGCACAGUUUAUCGCCGACUUAUCCCAGCAUCGAGAGCCUCGAUCCUGUAGAAGUCGAGGGCGGGGAUUGGUUGUCCGAACUCGAGAGGGCGAUAGUGGACGUUGGGAAGAUAGCGAAGAGUAGAUUGGCGGGGUUGGGGGUCGAGUGA